AAUGUAAGGUUUAGGUAGGACAGAUUUAAGAGACGCACGUGUCAUUGGUUUGAGACUUACGCGCUCGUUUUGACAAAGUUUUCACAACUGGCGUUAAAUUUGAUAACAGAGUACCUCAAUGUAUGUCUCCAAACACGCUUUACAGAUUUUACAGGAGGGUUACCAGCUUUAAACCUCCAAAACCAACACCAACACUUCCGCUGUGGACAUGUAACGUUUACGGUCACACAGUUUCCGGGGACGUUUCAAAACUCCAAGAGCGAAAAAACGUCUCCAGCAAUCAGGUAAACGAUUAUAUUUAACUAUUUUGUGCAAUAAAUGUUUACCUUCGCCUUAUUUUAAAGCAGAUAUUUUCUUUUCGGCCAUUUCAUGUUAAAUUACACAAGAAACCCGCUGUUAGAAUUUAUUUUUGUACUAUUUUAGCCCUCGCAAAUUUUGUUUGCUGUGUCGAAUUAAAGAAGACGGAUUAUUUCAGUGGUUUGCAAAAUUUGUUGUCAAGUGCUUUUGGCUGAAAAUGUCGGGGAUAAUUAGACAUACCGAGAAUGAAUAGAGUCUGGACAGCCUGUAGCAUAUAUGCUCAACAAAGUAAGUGAGUGUUUGGAUGUGAAAACACACUUCAGCUUUCCGGUACAAAAGUUCUGUCAACAACUAGAUCAUUAUCCCAGUCAGUCUACAUCAGCUCAUUGUUACAGCCCAUAAACCUGUCAUUUACAUCUAACCAGGUGAGGUCUAACAUCAAAUGCCAUCAGUUAUUCACUGACAAGUUGGGUGUUACAAAUACUUUCCACCAGAGGUAGUGAUUGUACAAGACACGAGGCAGCGAUGUGAUGUGAUGUAUGAUCAACCUGAGAUCAAGAUCUUCAGACGAGGAAAUCAGCUUUAACUAAGAAUGUUAAUUAUUUCAUUAUGUAUUUUAAAAUUGAGAGCUUUAUAUUUAAAUAGAUUUUUUUCAAGUAAAUAUAUUUUUGAUUUAUUCAAUGUUUGUGCGAUGUCCACUCUUGAUAUUUAAAGGAAUAUUAAUUUAGAGUCAAACACACCGUAACACCGAGUUUGACACCCCCUCGAGAGAUGAAUGUUGCCGACCGCUUGCUUCUGUAGUUAUACCAACUUUAGUAACAACCGCACGAUAGCAAUACACAGCGGUCUGAGGAGCCAUAAACAAACAUCAACCAAAACGCCACUCUAUAGCCACAAAUAAUGCUCAGAACAAACUCUUGAAUUAACUCUUGAACUAAAUUAAUUUUAUACCGCAAUAUCCCUUUAAGUCCUGGUGGUCUUCACAUGUAUAAAUAUUGCUGUUUUGGGUCUGAAAUGUCCUCAUGUGGGUCUCCGGGGUUUUUGAUGUUCCUAGAUCUUGACUAUGGUCUAUUUCAACAGGUAAUAAAAAGGCGCAAAAAAGACAGACCUCCCUGUCCAUCAGUGCUCAGCCACUUUGACAAACAGUACGGUGAGGAGCUUGGUGACCUGUGGGCAUCUGCCAGGUAGGUAAAUGUUGCGUGAAAUAAUUGCUGCAUUACAUAGACAUAACAAUGGUUUUAUCUUUAUUUCUGUGAUUGCUUUAUUCCCACAGGGCAGUGCUUCUGGACCCUCACUCCUGGCAGUAUGGAGUCAUGCUCAAUCGCUUCAGUGCUGUGACAGGCAUUACACAGAUUCUCCAGUCACAGGGCUUUUCUUCAUUGUUGCAGCAAACAGACAUCCCCAGGUUGCUGUGUGAUGGCCCCUCAGUGGUGACAAAUUCAAAAUACAAACCAGAGGACAAUUCUCUGUUACAACCUCACUUCAUCUCCAAGUGCCCUCCUGAUGACAACACUUCUCAUGUGUUCUCUCAGGACCUUCAGUUCGAGCCUUCACUUGGUUUGCCCCAUCCUUCAUUACAGUGUUACAUCCACCCGCAUCCCCUGCGGUUCCCCUCUCAGACCCACAGGCAUGGCCAGCUGAAGCAGUAUUACCUCCUGAAUGCUGCCUCACUGCUCCCAGUGCUUGCUCUUAAAGUCAGAGAUGGGGAGAAGGUUUUGGAUCUUUGUUCUGCUCCUGGAGGGAAAGCCAUAGCUGUGAUGCAGUGUGCCACCCCAGGUGAAAUAAACAUUUUGAAUGAAGUUUGUAGCUAUUCAUUUGAUUUUAUUUAUACAGUGCAUAGAGAACUUUAUUUUUAGUACAGCUUUCAAACUGGGUGGGAAAAGAUUAAACAACAUUAAAAUACAGUUUGAAAUACAUCAACUUAUAACUUCGGGGGCAACAGAAGCUCUUAGACAAAAUAUAUUUUAGUCCACCCUGUAAAACACAUUUCAAUCAAUUUAAUAUAUGAUAAUUUAUAAUGUCCUGUGUUAUUCUCCAGAACUUCUAUGCUGUAAUGAACCGGACCCUCACAGAAGAGACUGGCUGAGCAGAACCUUGGAGUCUUUUCUGCCUCCCUCACUCAGAACCAGAGUGAUUGUGUCAGCACAGGAUGGAUGCUCUUUUGGCCAAAGUGAAGCAGGAACAUAUGACAAGGUGGGGAGAGACUUGUGUAUGACAGCUUGCCUGUGAAUUUUCCUGCAGCAUCCAAACCACUGAGUUGUUACCCAUCUUUUCCUUUUGAGGCUUUGGUUAGAAAUGAACGAUGAGAAUGUGAAGCCUUUGAACAGAUGCUAAUAAGCCCAGAAGAAAAUAAGAAAACUGUUUAUCAAAAAAGCAGCCAAGAACAGGCAGACAAAUGGCUUGGAGGAAUCAAAGAACUUCAAGUAACUGAUUGUGGAAAAAAAUAUUGAAAACAGGAAAGCGCAGACCGGAGAGUAAAGAGUGUGAACAAAGACAGAAAGGCAAGAAGUAGCUCAAAAAGACUUUGAGCUGCUUUUUUUCUCUUUUUGGCAGUGAUGGUUUUGAGUAAACAAGGAUAAAUUAGUGGGACUAGUCUCAGUGGGAAAUUAGGGGGGAAAACUACCUCGCAUUGUUCUGAAGAACCCCUGGGUUUUUCUUUUUCUGUUUCUUUAUUUUUACCUUCAUUAAUAAUUCAAAUGCUGUUGCUCCCUCUCUUUUGCUCUUUGACCCCUUUCUUUCGCUGCCUUUACACUAUUGACCCAUCUGACUGACAUUUCCUGCUCUCGCUCACUGUUGCAGGUUUUGGUUGAUGCUCCCUGCUCUAAUGACAGGAGCUGGUUGUAUUCUAGCAGCAGCCAACAGGGGGAACAGCGACUGAGGGAAAGAGCCAGACUGCCUGCGCUUCAAGCUCAGCUGCUCAGGUAAGCUUUAUCCCCAACCUGAGAUAAAUUUGCUUUUGUUUUCACAUUUUUUAUUGUUCUGAUGAGAAAUGAAAUCAAUUUGUUUCAUUUUAGACGAUUCUGACUUUAUCUUACACACAGAAACUACUAAUUGUUUGGUAGUUACCUCUGACCAGUAGCUCUGUAACAGCUCCAUGCAGAUUGUAUCUUAAAUGGUCAAUUGAAAAUAUAAUUUAAUGUUUUCAGGGAGGAGAAACUUAUAAUGUGAAUGUAGAUAUAUACAUUAGAGGUGACAAUUAGUGUGCAGCCUAAAGUAAUUCAGCGCUGAAAGGGAAAUCCACUGUCUUGUUAUUAAGUGUAGAAUUUUGUCCUCCCUGCAGGUCUGCACUGUCAGCAGUGCGUCCAGGAGGCAUUGUGGUCUAUUCCACCUGCACACUGUCCACCUCGGAGAACUACACUGUGGUUGAGACAGUGCUGAAUGAUUGUCCCGAGGCGGAAGCUGAAGACCUGUGGGAGGAGAUUGCCGUUCCUUUAUCAAAAUACUUUACAUUUAGACCUGCUCCUCCUGAUCAUGGAAAGGCACUUCACAAGCCCUCCCUGCAGCCUCACAACGGUACUGUGUCCCCUUAUCAACACAGACUCGGCAUUUUAGUGGUGCCUCAGACCGGCAAGACCUGGGGACCCAUGUUUUUGUCUCGGAUUAGAAGGAAAAAAUAGCGUGUAUCCUCCUGUGCGGAAAAGAUAUGUGGGAACAAAUGGAACCAAACAUACACAUUUUUGUUUGUUCUGCUGUUGUUACCACUGGGUUCACCCCAUGGGACUGGCUUGCAACUCGCUCAAACAAACAAAGACAGUGUAGCCUCUACACACCACCGGCUGGAAGAGGAGGCAGGUUAAAGCAGAAGUACUUUGGACUAGGAGAUAAAUAUGUCAGUGUUGCUAUAGGCGAAAGACAGUCAACUUUUUUUUAUUUAGCCUGCUGCAAGGCAAUAAAUGAUACAGCUGCGGGUGAAAGUUUACAAUAACUCUUCUUUGUGCUGUUUGCAUGACACCUCUACAAAAUGACGACAGAACUUUGCCUAAAUCAUUCACGAUACCGCUGAUAUUUCGGCGAGAGGAAAGUUGUGUAGGGAUGAACCUAUAGAGAGUUGUUAACUAAAGAUGCAGGGAGUUUCUGCUGCAACUUAGGCAACAGUUGUUAAUGUUAAGUGACCUCUCAAGGCAGGAAAGGCAAGGUAAGUUUAUUUGUAUAGCACCAUUCAUACACAAGGUAAUUCAAAGUGCUUUACAGAUGCAAGGAAAUACAGAGGAAAUUAAAAAAAGAGAUUAAAACAAUUAAAAAUCAAAAAGACAAAACGAAUUAAAAUCAAAAAGACCUCUUCAAAUCAAUAAAAUAUUAGAAUGUAAUUUAAAGUUAUUAAAACAGUUGAAAUUGACAGAACAGCAAGUAGAAGUAAAAGGAAAUGACACUAUAGGAAAGCUGCAGUAAACAGUUUCUUUUUAAAGUUCGCGAAACAAACUCAAAGGCUGUAAAUAUAAGAUGCACUUUUGCAGGAUGGACAAAAAAGGAACUCUUAAUAAUUCAUAUUGUUGUUUCAAAACUGUUAACGGGCAACAACUCAAAGUGAUGACUUGACAAUGUAACGUCCAUGACUUCUUUGGCUGGACACAAUCAGCAGUUGCAGGUUUAUUUAUUAGUAUUUGACCCCCUCUUAUUUAUUUUUUAUUUAUAUUAUUUAUCAUUUACUAGAUUUCGCAACUGUGGAAACUGCUGACGCUGCACAUAUAUAAUACGAGGUAUUGACGAAAGCCAUUUUAAACUGCUUCACAUACAUAAUACAGCACACUUUGUGUAAUAAAAUUGAUAAUACCACACGACUGCAAUAUUCCAUGAUAUAUGAUUGUAGCAUUAAAAAUUCAUUCAGAGUUUAUUCUAUGAGGAGUGAGAGCUCAUGGUGUGUGGCUUACUUUCUGAAUGCUUUUUUGAACGGUCGUUAGAGAAUGAGAGAUGACGUUAAAAGACCACCACAGACACUCACAUUCACAAUCUCCAUCCUUUAAGCCUUAAGUCAGUAAGUCAGGUUACGUUUAUCAGAUUUUGACUUCAGUCGUCACUGAAUUUUUAAUAUUUUUCUCUCUCCAUACCCAUGACUGAUAUAUUUAUUAGCUAAUGUUUGUCUUAAAAUAUUUAAAGUGCCGUAACAGCUCGGCAAAUGUUUUCAGACUUGACACAUUCAACAGGAGGCUGAGAGUGUCCUGUCUGAAAGAUUAGUUUAAUAACUGAGAAGAGCAAUAUGAUACUAUUAACACAGCCUUUCUCUUUUUUCAUCCAGUUACUCCCUCUCUGGAUUGUCCAACUCUGAUUAAAUUGUGCUCUAAGUCUCAUAGAAGUAAUCUGAAAUCUGUCAUCAGACCUCUCUUCAGUGUGAUUGAGAAAGCACUAUCAUCUCUUAUGGUGGUGGUUCAUUACCUGGGUGGACUGUUCGUGUGUCAUGCGUCAGUGAGGAGUGGACUAUUUCACAGAGGUGUCGAAGCUUUUCAUCAAGCUGUGAUUGCUCGGAGCAGAGGGUGUUUUGGAGUAAAUGUGGACAAUAACGCACAAGAAUUCCAACAUUUUUUUACCUUUUGAACUUAACAGACUGACAAAGUGCAUUGUUGCGAAGGCAGUUACAUGUGGAAACCCUUAUCUAGUGUUUAUGAGGGAGCUGCAGAGAAACUGUCAAAGAUAAGAUUGCUGAAAUAGGAAAGCUACAAGAGCCUCACACAGGUUUCGAAACUACUCUGUAGACACGAGCAAUAUUUGGUGCAUUUCUACCCCUGUUUUUAUCGGCUGUCCUACUUUCGCUCCACUCCUGCGUGCCUUUGAAAAGUAGCCUCAGUCUAUGGUAUGAGUGCGUCAUUACACCAACACAACAUCAAAAGUAGUGAGAUGUGGAGAUGAAGUGAGGCUUCAUUGGGGUUAACCAUGUUGCUGACCUUUGUGUGAACUCUGGUUUGUUGAUGUUCCCCCAUAUUGCAGUGUUUCCUCAGGGGGAGAAUCUCUAAGCAGCUUUUCCUUCACUUCAAAGGGAGGGAAUGUAGGCCUGCUUUGCAUAAUCAGGUGGGGAACAGCUUUUUGCCAGAGAGGCAGGAAUUAAUUUGUGCCACCGCCAGAUGUAAUCAUUAAAACUCUAGUCAUUGACAAUAAAGGGGGAGGAGGAGAAGGAAAUGGAGGAGGAAUUUUCGAACAGUAGAUAGGAUGAGAAGGGGAUACAGAGUGUAGGAUGGUCCUGGAUGCUAGAGGACUGUCUGGCUAAGUAGGCUAAUCUGGCCUGAGCUGUGAGCCAGAAUUCAAUUUUAUCAGUCUGCUAACAUUCAGCUCUGUCAGUCUGUGUCUGGACAUGUUGGCAUGAGUUUAAUCCUUACUUCCCACUCCUUUUUUUUUUUUACAUGUUCACUUUGAGUAGAAUACAAAAUGAUGAAAGGAUUUGUAAAACUCAUUUUUAGGCGGCUUUGUGUGGCAGCUAUGCUCAAAGCCUUUUUAUUAGAGUUAUGUGUAGGUUUUAAAUCUCCACUCACAGCCUGUAAAUGUACUGUAUGCUGCAGUUUCACUGCUCUCAUUAACCCGGCUCCACCAGUACACAGCUGUUUUCAGCUGAAAAAAAAUACCCACUCAGACGCCAACUCCAGACAAAGUGAGUCAUCAAUCUGAAUAAUCCUAAAUUUUUCUGUUUACAUUAUUGUCUGCUUGUAUGAUACACAUUGUGACAAAUUACAUAAAAACAAUACUUCGUAAAACAUCACAGAUUUAAAAAGCAGAUUUGACACUGAAUGAGGUGGGCAGUUUACAAGUGGGUGUAUAGAUUUAGUACCUUUUGGGGUAUCCAUCAUUCAUUUCAAACGUCAUCGUUUGUCAAUAUUCCAUCAGCGGGAGUGAGUAACCAGGACAGCUGCUUUUGAUUGAUUGUGCCACUUCUGAUCUCUGAGGGGAGAAAGUCUGCAAAGAAUGAAUACUUCCAGAAGUCCAGUCGAACCGCACUCAGAAACAUGAAUUCUGUUGAU